GAUAUCUGUCGACAAGGCCUGACAAGUGCGUCGCUGGAUUGGUUGAACGCGUUGACAGUUAAUGGUGAGCGAGUGGCUGGAUUCGAGUACGAUAUAAUCGUACCGAUAAGAGACUGGAUUAAGGAGGUGGUCGAUUUGAGUGAGAACGAUCACCCGUUGGCCAUUAGAGUGCUGCAGUUCACACAACAGCUCGUGAAGUGA